UGUGUACCACGGUGUAUGUGUACGUGCUGAUUCAACGAAACUUACAAAACUGAUUUGUAAUCCGGGGAUUUUUCUGGAGAGAGUUGGACGCUUUUAACUGUGCUUUUAUAUUUUACAAUGAGGUACCACUGCUCGGUUUUCACUCAAGUUUGUCGUCGUCGUAUCUGAUUGAUAUAUAAACGUUUGUCUAUUUAGUUAUCAAAAUUGUGAUAACAACUGUAAUAUCCCGCUUUAAAUUUGAAUCGAAAGAAAACCAGCGCCAAAGCAACAUCCGAAUUUAUCCCAGAACGAUACUUGGUACGCCAUCUGUUGGGUGGUACGGGACGUACCGGGGGAUGCGGAGAUACGAGGCGAAAAGGAAGGGAGAGAAGUCAGUCAGAGUACUACCUUCAAGGGUGCAAGAUCGAACAAAUUACUGGUGUCAAUCUUUGUGUUUUUCUGGAGUUUUCGUCUGGAAAUAGGAAACCACCGACUCCUCCGAGACAUUUGGGACGGGUGCGGUGUACCAAUAAACUAUUUCCUUCCCAGUGAGGUGAAAUUUAGUGCGACGCCCGCACGGCGCCUGCGACUUAAGUGCCGAAGCUGAAAGGACGCCGAUUGGAUUAACCCUUUCCCAACUCGGUGGCUUAUUGGUUAAAAUGGCGACCGGAAGCAUACAAGACUUCACCAAGAAAAUGCUCUCCGAAAGUCUCUUCACCUGUGCCACUUGCAACAACCUGCUAACAGUCCCAGUAAUGAUGGUCGAAGACGUGGGAAACGUUUGCCACGACUGCUUCAAAGUCAGAGAUAAAGAAAACGAUCCGAAAAGCGUCCCCAACACCACUUUAAACUCGUUACUGAAAGAACUAAAGUUUCCAUGUAAAUUCCACCCUCAGGGUUGCAACGAGGACAUCCUGUACGACAAUUUAAAAGAACACGAACACCAGUGCGUUUACCGUCUGGUCGAUUGUUUAAUGCCAAAAAACAAAUGCGACUGGACCGGAAAACUGGUCGACUUGCUCAAACACUUCAAAGAGGACCACUCCAAGCACGUCCUAACCGGACCUUUCGAAGAAUUCUCUUUCGAAAUGAACUUGGAGAAAGUCGGUUCGAUAAUCAAAUUGCUGAGUUACAGCAAUAGAACUUGCGUUUUGAGAAUAGAGAAAUCCGAUCGAGAUAAUUGUUUGGUGCAUUGUUUGCAAGACGUCUCGGUGACAGAUGGAGAUUUGAAAAUGGUUGUGAAGUAUGUGGGUGGAAGUAGCGUCUACAAGGGUAAACUCGAAGCUUCGCCGUUUGAUGCAACGUGCGAUGAGCGAUACAGCAAAAAAAUUAAACUGUCUGCUUUGAAAGAAGUGUCAGAGGGGGCCGACACCGUCAAAGUUGUGAUUAAGCCAGGCAAGUGCGAAUUCAAGAAUACGAAUUCUGAAAUUAUGAAGAAUUUGGAGUGUCCCGUCUGUAAGGAAAUCAUGAGGCAACCGAUUUUCCAGUGUCUGACUGGCCACAGCAUCUGUCAGUCCUGUCACAAGAGACUUUCGGUGUGUCCGACUUGUCAGGAAGACUUUCCUGAACAACACAUCCGCAAUUUUUCGUUGGAAGCCUUAACACUCUUUGUGCAAUACGAGUGCGCUUACCACCAGUUUGGUUGCACUUCGACGGUUUUAGGAAACGAAAUACACAAACAUGAGGGAAAAUGCAAGUAUCAGAUGUACGAGUGCCCUAAGAAAGAUUGCAGUUUUACGGGCAAUUAUUCAUCGUGCAAGAAUCACUUCCAGGUUAACCACAACGAGGAUUUGGUUAUAGGAACUGCAUACAAAAGUAAUUUUACGCCGCUUGGAAGAAAAAUGUCUGCCACAAAACAAAUUGUGUAUUUUUUCGAAUUUGGUAACUUGUUUGAGUUGGUGUUCUCGCGUUUGCAAGAUUAUUGUUCCUGGACUGCGCGAAUUUUGAAUAAUUACGCCAAGGAUGCGCAGUUUUUCUUCGCGGUUUACGUGACGCAUCCGAAUAUUAAGCAACGAUUUAUAGCAACGUCUAAUUUGUGUAUGAACAGGGAUGCUACUGUGACUGACAGCGACUGGAUUGAUUUUACAUACGAUAGUUUAACGCCGUACAAAAGCACGAAUUCUGAUCAGAUUAAUUUUCGUUGCGAAAUAUUUGCCGAAACGUCGUCUUAAAUGUACUCUUUUCGCACUUGGUUUUAACCAAAUUUUACCAAACUGUCAGCUAAUAUAA